AUGACGGCUUCAGAACGAUUAGCCGAUCCUGCACAGGCAUCACCUCAAUCACAGACCCGAACAACAGCGGCCAAUGCAGCUGUAGACCCUACUACCUCCAAAAGGACGCCACGCGCCAUUCGCUCCCUAAACAAAACAACCCGUCUCGAAGCCAAUGGUGUAGAAGACAAGGACACGCCCAGUAAUUCCGGGAAAGGGAAGAAGAUCGCAGCUGUCAUUACGGAGGCGGCGCCAUCGGCGCUGCCUGAGGGAGCAACUCCUAAGAAGACCAAACAACGGAAAGAGGUUAAGCCAAAAACAGAAGAUACUCAAGAGCAGGAGCCACAAGCGGAAGAUAUUUCCACAAAGGCCAAGAGGAAACGCAAGGUAAAAGAAGAUCUAAAGUCAGCAGAUCCCCAGAUCGACGGGAAUAUCCCCAAGACUGCUAAACGUAAGAGGAUCGUCAAGGGUGAGGAAGUAGAAAGCGAAGGCAGCGAGCCAUCGCCUAAGAAGACAAAGCGGAAGAAGGCCACAGACGUCGAAAUUGACGAGACUGUUGAGAACGAAGCUUCACCUAGAAAGGCCAGACGCAAGACCAAGGUCAAAGAAGAGGACGAAGAGGUUCAAGAGGGUGGUGAAGGCCAGAAGAAGACGAAACGCAAAAGAAAGACUAAGGAGGAGAAAGAGAUAGAAGCAAUGCCCUUAGCGACGCGCACCGAUGGAUUACGCAUGUUCAUUGGGGCCCACGUUAGCGGUGCCAAAGGAGUUCACAACUCAGUCACAAAUUGCGUGCAUAUUGGCGGGAAUGCCUUUGCCAUGUUCCUCAAAUCGCAGAAAAAAUGGGAGAACCCCCCUUUGCAAGACGAUCACCGAGACCAAUUCAAAGCAUUCUGUGGUGAGCAUAAGUACGACGCAGCAAGUCACAUCCUACCUCACGGCUCUUAUCUCGUCAAUCUCGCCCAAGAAGACCCCGAAAAGGCCACUCAAGCCUACAAUGCCUUCCUCGACGAUCUGAACCGCUGCGAAUCUCUUGGUAUCAGACUCUACAAUUUCCACCCCGGUUGGACUGGCAGCCACCCUCGACCUUCCGCUAUCGCCCGUAUAGCCAAGGCUCUCAAUCGAGCCCAUGCAGCCACCAAGACCGUAACGCCUGUCCUCGAAACCAUGGCAGGUGGUGGCAAUGUAAUUGGCUCUACAUUCGAAGACCUGCGCGACAUCAUCGCCCUCGUAGACGACAAGAACCGAAUCGGAGUAUGUCUUGACACAUGUCACGUUCACGCUGCGGGAUAUGAUCUGCGGAAACCUGUGGCUUUUCAAAAGACACUGGACGACUUCGACAAAAUAGUGGGGGUGAAAUACCUUUGCGCACUUCACUUGAAUGACAGCAAAGCACCCUUCAGCAGCCACCGAGAUCUGCACCAGAACAUCGGCCUCGGCUUCCUUGGCCUGCGCGCAUUCUGGAAUGUAAUGAACGAGCCGCGAUUCGAAGGAUUGCCCAUGGUCCUGGAGACACCCAUCGAUCAUAAAGACGAAGAGACAGGAAAGGAUGUGGAGGACAAGGCAGUCUGGGCUAGAGAGAUCAAGAUGCUGGAAGGAUUGAUUGGUGUGGAUGCGGACGGAGAUGAAUUCAAAGCUAUGGAGAAAGAAUUGGCGGAUAAAGGGGCGGAGGAGAGGGCGAAGUAUCAGGAGCAGUUCGAGAGGAAGGGGGAGAAAGACAAGAAAGCGUUGGAAAAGGGACAGAAAAAGUUGCAGUUCGGGAAGACGAAGACGGAGAAAGCGAUCAAAAACGGGAGUGAUAGCGAAGCUUGA